AUGGUCGCCCACGUGCACGCGCAAGAGGAUCCGCCCGAGCCGGCGUAUUUGGCGACUUCGGCCGAGUCGCCGCUUCAUCCACCGACGGAAGUGUACCGGAAGCUGAGGGGGCUGCAAGACGAUGAGGGCAAGGGGGAGGGGAAGCUGUUGAAGAGGCAAGACUUUGUGAUUGAGCCCCGAAGCGGCAAGGCAUGGAAGGUAGAGCAGAGCCAGGUGUUCCGGCUGUCGACGCCAGAAGGGGCGCAGGUGGGCGACCUCAACGUGUGGAACCAGCAUGAUGUGCGCGAGCGCUUCUGGGCGGCGCGGACACGGCAGCUGCAAGGGUCGCACAUGAGGGAGGGAGACCGGCUGUGGUCCAACCUUCCCUUUAUGCGGCCAUUGUGCGGCAUUGUGGCCGACGGGUGCCAGGUGCGGGAUGCGGCCACGCAGCCAGACCAGGGGGAGCCAGGCCAGGGGAGAGAGGAGCGAAGAGAUGAGAGGGGUGGAGUGACCAAAUGGGGUGGGAGAUGUCAUGAUUUGCUGGGGACCAGAUGUGAUCCGUAUGUGUCCCAUAUGCUUACAGGAUCGAGCUACGACUUUCACUGCCACUCGAAUCUGGUGCGAGCGAUUCUCCCGCAUGGGCUGACGGAAUUUGACGUGCACGACGUACUCAAUGUAUUCCAGGUGACUGGGCUGGACUCGCAGGGUCGGUAUUUCAUGGAAGCCAGUCCGGCGACCACGGAGAGCUAUAUUACGUUUUUCGCCGAGCAAGACUUGCUGUGUGCUCUGAGCACGUGUCCAGGGGGGGACUUGAGCGCCUGGGGGUGGCACCAGGCGGAUGAGGGUGGAAGCGGAAAGGCGGACAUGAAGAGCACGUGUCGGCCUAUUCGCGUGGAGGUUUGGGAUAUCAAGGACGAGGUCAAGAGCGAUGUGCUUGGCGGGUGGAAGGGUCCGGAGAAGAGUGGGUACAAGGGGAUGCACGGGAUGAGGGUUCCUUGUGGAGAGGAGUAGGAACAGGGUAUAUGUAUAGAUUUAUAUGUAUACAUGUGUUGGCCAAGUGGAAGAAUCUAGAGAAGAGUGGGUGCAAGGGGAUAUAUGGGACGAGGGUUCCUUGUGAAGAGGAGGAGUAAGAGUCG